AUGCGUCUCCGUUUUCUGUGUGUAGCGGGCGCCUGGCUGGCCAGCUGUGCUGCCAGUCCAGCUGCCAGUCGUUCUGCGGAUGCUUCCGUGCCCCAAAAGGCACUUGCAAACUCGCACGCCUCCUUCCCCAUCGUCACCGGCCAUGAGAUCCAUAUGCCAUAUGCUACAAUCCCAGGAUCCAAGGAGGAUGAGGCCAAGUAUACCCCCAGACCAUAUCUGGCGAUGAAAAUCCGCACGGAGAGCAAUGCUCUAUUUGUUAAUGAUGUUCCCGUCUUCCCGAGUUCGUUUCCCAUGCACUUACCGGCAACCCGAUACCAGGACGUGUCCGGUCAAAACCCGGAGCAUCUGCUCCUGCAGUACGCGGUGGACAUCGAAUACAUGCCCCCCCGUCCAGAUGGAUCCUUGGUGCAAGACAUCUACCGUGUGCAACUCAAGUUUUUCGAUCUCUCCGGCCAUCCUGCCACGACGAAUACCGUCCACGUUCGAUUGUCCACGCAGCAGUCGGGCGAAUUGUACAUUACACAGAUCAUCGUCGAGCCAUUUCUCGACUACUACCAUGAUGCCCAUGGCGAUGGAAACUGUGUCUGGCGCACCAAGUACUGGAACCUGAUUAUGGAAAAGUACCGUGCCUGGCGCGAGCAGAAAGGACCCGGCCAUCACAAAGGGCCCGAGUCGCAGAAGAGUGACGACCACGAACACAAUGACCAUCAUCAUCACCCCAAGGCAAACAGCCCCAUCUCCAAGGAACAGCCCACAGCACACCAGGAGGAUCAAGAAAAUAGCUCACUUCCCAAGGCUGAUCCCAGCAACAGUGCACCCGAGUCCCCGUUCCGGGUGUAUGGGGUGGACAAGUCUCUGCGACCGACGGCUUUGCGUAACAAGGAUUACCGCCGGGACUUCUGGCGACUGGUGGUGCCCGCCAUCAUCCCGGGACUCCUGGGCGCGGUGGCUGGAUUGGUAGUGUGCACGAUGGGGCUGCUCCUCUGGAAGAUGGUGGCAUGCACGUGUGCCAGGAUGCAGGGUCGGAGAUGUCGGAAGCAUUGCCAACGGAAGCAAGGCGUUUGCUUAUCGGAAAAGCAACGUCUGCUGCAGCAGGAUCAGCUGAGUGAGGCGUAG